AUGUCUAGUAAACAUUGGGAUUACAAGAAAGAUCUGGUACUCAGCCAUCUGGCUGGAUUAUGUCAGUCCAACCCCCAUGUAAGGCUAAUUGAGUCCGAAAGAGUCGUCAUCUCCGCCGAGAACCAGGAGGACAAGAUUACCUUGAUCUCUGGUGGAGGUUCAGGACACGAGCCUCUACAUGCUGGCUUUGUCACCAAGGACGGUCUUUUGGAUGCCGCUGUGGCCGGGUUCAUCUUUGCCUCGCCAUCUACUAAACAGAUAUUUAGCGCAAUCAAAGCCAAACCUUCGAAGAAGGGAACUUUGAUCAUCGUCAAGAACUAUACAGGAGACAUUCUUCACUUCGGUCUUGCCGCCGAAAAGGCCAAGGCCGAAGGUCUCAACGCAGAACUGCUGAUUGUUCAGGACGAUGUCUCUGUUGGUAAAGCCAAGAAUGGCCUGGUAGGGCGUAGAGGUUUGGCUGGAACUUCUUUAGUGCACAAGAUUUUGGGUGCCAAAGCUUAUUUACAAAAGGACAACCUGGAAUUGCAUCAGCUGGUCACUUUCGGUGAGAAGGUCGUUGCCAACCUGGUUACAAUUGGUGCUUCCUUGGACCAUGUCACCAUUCCAGCCAGAGCAAACAAACAGGAGGAAGAUGAUUCAGAUGACGAGCACGGCUACGAAGUGCUAAAGCACGAUGAAUUUGAAAUCGGAAUGGGUAUUCACAACGAACCAGGUAUCAAGAAGUCGUCGCCAAUUCCAACAGUAGACGAAUUGGUGGCUGAGCUACUGGAGUACCUUCUUUCGACUACCGAUAAGGACCGAAAUUACGUCCAAUUUGACAAGAAUGAUGAAGUUGUGCUACUGAUCAAUAACUUGGGAGGAACCUCAGUGUUGGAAUUGUACGCUAUUCAGAACAUUGUUGUCGACCAACUGGCCUCCAAAUAUUCCAUUAAACCAGUCCGCAUUUUCACUGGCACUUUCACCACAUCACUGGAUGGGCCCGGUUUUUCUAUCACUUUAUUGAAUGCUACCAAGACAGGAGAUAAAGAUAUCCUAAAGUUUUUAGACCACAAGACUAGUGCCCCUGGCUGGAACUCCAACAUAUCAGACUGGUCUGGCAGGGUUGACAAUUUUAUUGUGGCUGCCCCAGAAAUAGACGAAGGAGACAGUUCAUCUAAGGUAUCUGUUGAUGCUAAGCUGUAUGCUGACCUUCUGGAGUCUGGUGUGAAGAAGGUCAUUUCAAAAGAGCCAAAGAUCACAUUGUAUGACACUGUUGCAGGAGAUGGUGAUUGUGGUGAAACGUUGGCGAAUGGUUCCAAUGCCAUUUUAAAGGCUCUGGCUGAAGGAAAGCUUGAUCUCAAAGACGGUGUUAAAUCACUGGUGCAAAUUACAGACAUCGUGGAAACUGCCAUGGGUGGAACAUCUGGAGGUCUGUACUCCAUUUUCAUCAGCGCUUUAGCAAAGUCUUUGAAAGAGAAGGAACUUUCCGAGGGUGCCUACACACUGACCCUUGAAACGAUCUCUGGAUCCUUACAGGCAGCACUUCAGUCUCUAUUCAAAUACACAAGAGCACGUACUGGAGACAGAACUCUUAUUGACGCUUUGGAGCCAUUUGUAAAGGAAUUCGCCAAGUCUAAGGAUCUGAAACUUGCAAACAAAGCUGCCCAUGAUGGUGCUGAAGCCACAAGAAAGCUCGAAGCCAAGUUUGGAAGAGCAUCUUAUGUUGCCGAAGAAGAGUUCAAACAAUUCGAAAGUGAAGGUGGACUACCUGAUCCUGGUGCUAUUGGUCUUGCCGCUUUGAUUUCAGGAAUUACUGAUGCAUACUUCAAAUCUGAAACCAAGUUGUAG